AUGGCCGCCAACGAAGCUUCGAUUGAAGCGGACAAGAUCACUGCCGUCCAGUCUAGUCCUGCUUCGGUCGCCAGUUCUCCAACCAAUUCCGCCGACCUCGACGACGUCUACCAUCUGUACAAGCGCAGUGAUGAUCAAGAAAUCGACCCGGCCGAAUCCAAAAGGGUGCUGCGAAAGCUUGACGUGCGAUUAGUCCCUAUCUUGUUUCUCAUCUACUUGCUGCAGUAUCUCGACAAAAAUGGCAUCAACUAUGCCAGUGUGUACGGUUUGCAAAAGGGCACGAAUCUGCACGGCCAAGAUUACUCCUGGUUAGGCUCCAUCUUCUACUUCGGUUAUCUGUGGGCGCAGUAUCCGGCAGGGUAUCUCUUACAAAGACUUCCAGUCGGAAAAGUGAUUGGGGCCACCACAAUCGCCUGGGGUAUCAUCCUGAUCACAACGCCGGCAUGUUCCAGUUUUGCCGGAAUCGCUGUCAACCGUUUUCUGCUAGGCACGUUUGAGGCAGUGGUGAACCCCGGGUUCAUUCUCAUUAUGAGUAUCUGGUACACAUCGCUGGAGCAACCCUUGAGACUGGAGGCCUAUUAUUGCACAAAUGGCAUUGCAACCAUGUUUGGCGGCUUGAUCGGCUAUGCUGUUGGUCAUAUUACAACCGGGCUACCACGCUGGAUGUACGUCUUUAUUAUAUUCGGCAGCAUCAGUAUCGCGCUGGGCAUCCUCGCCCUCAUCAUGCUCCCGGAUCUUCCGUCGACUGCCAAAUUCCUGACCGAGGCCGAGAAAGUGAUUGCCGCGAAGCGUGUCUCCGCCAACCGACAGGGGAUCAAGAACCGCCAUUUCAAGUCGUACCAGAUGUGGCAGACGUUCAGAGACCCCAAGACGUGGAUCUUGUUCGUCAUGGCCGUCGGCGCGCAGGUCCCGAACUCGGCAAUCACUCAAUUCACGUCGCUGGUAAUCAAGUCGUUCAAUGUCGACACUUUGGGGACGCAGUACCUUCAGAUCCCCGGCGGCGCGGUCCAGUUCCUCGCCCUCCUCGGCGGAGGCAUCAUCUGCUCCAAGUGGCCGAAUCUCAGAUGCAUCACCAUGAUCGUGGCCAACACGAUUUGCAUCGUGGGGUCUUCGCUACUCGUUGGGUUGCCCGACAGCAACAAAUGGGGCCGGAUGGUCGGGCUGUGGUUGUGUUUUUUCCAAGGCCUGGGCUUCAGCAUGAGUUUGACCAUGGUCAGCUCCAACAUCGCCGGGUAUACGAAGAAGCAACUCACAGCCGCGAUCCUUUUCACCGGCUACUGCGUCGGCAACAUUAUCGGGCCGCAAACCUUCAAGUCGAGCGAGGCGCCGCGAUACCAUUCCGCCUACGUGGCCAUGCUGGUCGGGUACACGAUCAAGCUGGUGGCAAUCGUCGUCUUGUACAUCUACAUGUUCCUCGAGAACAAGAGACGGGACCGCGAGGCCGCCGCGUCGGGCGUGGUGGAGGUGGACGAGGAGAAAGAGGCCAUUGAAAUGGGCAUGCACGACGUCACGGAGCUGGAUAACAAGGGCUUCAGAUAUACCCUCUAA